AUUUAUGUCUACUCUUGCAAUGUAUCAUUUCUUACUACCCACCAUUCAUCAUCCUCUUCAAGAAAACUCCUCUGUUUGCUUUUUUUUUCCUUCUCUCUGCUUGGUUACUUGUUAAUAAACAGGAAUGGGUGCAAGGAAAGGUUGUUGGAUACUAUUCAAACAGAAAAAGAAACCCAAAGAAGAUAAAUCCCAAGAAGAAAAGGUAAACCCUACCGAAGAAAGGAUAAACGAAGAAUCCAUGAAUGGAAAGCAAAGCAGUAAUGAAGAGUCAAGUAGCAUGAUCCCUAAUGAAGGUGGUUUGAUAAUGGACAGAACAGUUCCUUCAAGGUUGAUUGAUAAUAUUGCUGCUACAAGGAUCCAAAAUGCAUUUCGCUCUUUUAUGGCAAGAAGAACAUUAAACCAUCUAAAGGGGGCAGAGAAAUUUGAAGCUUUGAUUCAAGAUCACCUGGCCAGAGAGCAAACAGCAACUGCAUUAAGCUAUAUACAUUCAUGGAGCAGAAUACAAGACGAGAUUAAAGCUCGCAGAAUCUGUAUGAUAACAGAAGCUCGUGUUAAGCAAAGGAGAUUGGAAAGCCAGCUAAAACUCGAAGCUAAGAUUCAUCAGCUAGAGGUGGAAUGGUGCGGCGGUUCAGAAACAAUGGAAGAGAUAAUUUCAAGGUUAUAUCAGAGAGAAGAAGCCGCAAUUAAACGAGAGCGAGCCAUGGCAUAUGCCUUCUCUCAUCAGUGGAGGCCAAACUGUAGCCAAUAUUUCGGUCAGGCUUCGUAUAGUCUCGGUAAGGAAAGCUGGGGUUGGAGCUGGACGGAGCGUUGGGUUGCGGCGCGUCCUUGGGAAAUCCGGGUACGAGUUCAUACCUCCAAGGUAAAGAAACUCAAUAGCCUGCACCAAAAGUCCAAGUUAGAUAAGAUGGACGACAACAAGAGCAAAGGAAAAGAAAACGACACUUCGGAGUUGUCAAAUAACUGUAUACCUGAAUAGGGUCAUUUCUUUUAAGGCCUAUACUAUUUUUUCGGUUUGUUGUGUUUGUUUAACUACUUGGCUUGGUGAGAAUCUACCAUUUGGUGUG